AUGAAGAGCGUAGUAAGCGGUUUAUUAGUUAUUUGUGUCUUACUAAGUUCUACCGAUCCCAGUUUAAGUGCCGAAGAUGAGGAGGGUAUCCUCCAGAAGCGAGUGGAUGACACAUCACCACCUCAUCUGCCUCUGGAUGGGGAUACGAAAUUAAAAGAAAUAAGUGAUUUAAGUGAACCGAAAAAUGAAGAGAGUCCAGCGCCAGAAGGUCGCAGUAUGACAGCCGAAGAAAUGGAAAAGAAAUCGAAGCCAUUGCGAAGCAUAUUCAUGGGUAUUUAUAAGAACUACAAGAGUACCUAUCUGGGCAAUAAGACCCUCACAGAGUACAAACAGCAUUUAAGGGAGAAAAUGAAAAAUAAACAACAAAAACUAGAAGAAAAUGAAUCGAUACGAGAUGAAGGGGAUGGUGAGGAAGAUGAUGAUGAUGAGAUUGGCUUCGAUGUAGCUGAAGAUAUUGAUGAGGCAGAAGAUACAGAUAUUUUGACAACAACAAUUGCUGCUGAGGAGGAUGAUGAUUUGGCUGUGGUCACAGAUCAACCUGAUUCAAGUGAAAAAGAAAUAAAUUCCAGCUAUCACAUAUUUGCAAAUGAAAGGAAACCCUCGCCCCCACCCUCUGCUUCUGGACUAGAAUAUAAUAUCGGACCAGCUCUUAACAUGUCAUUGGAUUUAGACAAUAGCAUAGUUAAGGUUAACCUCGAUGGCGAAAGUCUUAAAGAGUUGGUAACAGGUCGUUGGCUAAGCGAUAGCAGUGAAGAAGGUCGUGGCAAAAAAUACGAAAUGGUAACACGCAUUUUACCCCUCUUCAUUCUACCAUUUCUCAUACAAUCGGCCAUUGUUCCAUUUCUGGUAACGAAGUUGAAGUUGCUGCUGAUGAAGUCAAUGCUGGUGGGUAAAUUGGCCAUAUUUUUGUUAAUCAUUUCGGCGUUUAGGAAUAGCAACAAACCAAUGCAAACGUAUGAGGUGGCACCCUCAUAUUGGGCCGGUGAGCCUAGUCGCAGAUCGGAGAUAGCUGCUGCUGCCUCAAAUAUGGCCUAUAAUGGUUAUCGGGUAGAGGGUAAACCAGCGGCAUGGGUUAAUUAAGAAAUGUGUUUGCUU